AUGAAUAAAAAUAAACACAAAGGUGGAGCAGAAAAAUUACGGCUAAAACGGAUCGCAGAAUUUAAAGCUGCAGGAAAUGAUCCUAAACAGAAAAAAUUGUCAUUUGGUCUCCACUCAGCCUCAAAAACAAAUGAAAGUUUAUUGUCAUUUUCUAUAAAUAAAGAAUUAGAUUCUCCAAACAUUAUAGAAACAGAGUCCAAUAGUAAUCAACAUUUAACCAAUCAACCACAACUCCAAUGUCCUCAACACUCAGCUUUAGAUACGAAAUCUAAUCAAGACAUUUUGACAGUUGAACAAGAAAUUAUACCAUCAGAAAAUGAUAAUAUGGAUGUUACACCCAUUGGAAUAUCGUCAACGUUAGAAUCGAGUGAUAGUUCUUCAACCAAAGAAAAUGAAUACCAAUUAUUAACUGAAAAUUCUAGAUGGAAAAAUGACCCUGCAAAUUUUAAACAAAUCAAACAAUUAACUCCUGAGUUGAGAAAUAUGAUUUUAGAAUGGGGACCUUGUCAACCUAAGGAACAUGAAUUGCCUCAUAAUGAAUAUCCAAAAGACAGCUCCAAAAGAAGUUUUCAUUCAUCUUGGUAUUCAAGAAAAUUAUUAGAUAGCACAUUUGAACAACGUAACUGGCUUACAUAUUCUCCAAAAUUAAACAAAGUGUUCUGUUUGUAUUGCAUAAUUUAUGGAAAUAAUUCAAAUGAUGCCUGGGUGAAAUAUGGUUUCAAUCAUUGGAAAAAUGGUCAUAUGGCUUUAAUUAAACAUGAAACAACCUCUGCUCAUAUAAUGUCAUCAUUAAAAGUUAAACUAAAAGGAUGUUGUUUACCACUCUUACCGUCAUUAGUAGAAGAACACAAUAAACAAGUAUCCUUUAAUAGAGAAUUGGUAAAACAACUAAUUGAAAUAACAAUAUUUUUAGGACAACACAAUCAUUCCUUCAGAGGUCACAAUGAAAAUUGGAAAAAUAACACUACAGGAAAUUUUAAAGAUAUGGUUGUCUUACUGAGUAAACAUUCUCCUAUAUAG